AUGUCUUACUGGAAGAAAUCCUUGAACUUGAGGAAAAGUAUAGUGAAGAGUAUAUGCAAGACACAGCAGAAAAAACAAAAAAGACAAGAAGACAAAGAAAAUGCAGAAGAUAUGAGGUUGAAGGCCAUGGAGACUUUAAAAGAAACACAGAAGAGAAAAGCAUUAGCUGAUGGGAAUGAGAAAAGAGAAAAGAGAAGAAGCAAUGGGUCAGAGGCUUUGAGUUUUUUACGGGAAAGGAUGGAUAAUGAGAAUGAGUAUCGAGAGAAGGAAUUAGACAUGAGGAAGAAAGAUGUUGAACUGGAAGAGAAAAAAAUAGAGCGAGAAGAAAAGCAGCAUCAAGAUAUAAUGCAAAUGAUGCAAAUGCAACAAAUGCAAAUGAACUUUUUCCAGUCACAAGCCCAACAGCAGCAGCUUUUGAUGGGAAUCAUUGAGAAACUGUCAAAAUAA